UUGCGCCACUCUCUCCCCAGUCGUCUCCUUCCUCUGUCCGUUCCCCCACCCACCGGCGACCUCCCCCGCCCCCUCCCUCCCUCCCCGAUCCGCCGCCCGCCCGCCCGCCCGCUCGCCGGAGAUGCAUCCCUCCGGCGCCGGGGACUACUCGUCCCCCUCCUACUACCCGCCGUACCCCGCCCCCGCCUCCGCGCCGGCGCCGGCGCCCACCUACCACCCCUACGACUCCGCGUCGGCGCCCCCGUACUCGCCCUACCCCGCCGCCCAGGACUUUGCGUACCCCGUCUACCCCCCGCCGCCCGCCGACCACCACACCCCCCACCACUACCCGCCAGCACCCCCUUCCGCCGCGGCGCCCUCGCCACCGCAGCCGUACUACCCAUACGAGCCCGCUCCGCUGCCGUCCCCGCCGCAGCCCCACGGCCCCGUCCCCUCGGCCUACCCCUCGCUGGAUCGGGCGGGGAGCUACGGCGGGUACGGAUCCGGCUCGUACGGGCAGCAGGACCAGCUCUACCCCCCGCCACCGCCGCCCUCCGGCGCGGCGCAGGGCGGGUGGUCCGACGACGGUGCCUAUGCGUACCGCGGCGGCGACGCGCCGGAGCCCUACGGCGCCAGGGGCACCGCGCCGAGGCAGGGCUCCGGUAACGCGGCGCUGUUCGAUGAUUACGGGAGGUCGAUUGGCCCCGGGAAGGCCGGCGGUGGGGGCGGCGCGGCGAGCCCCAAGGUGGUGAGGGCCGUGCCGAAGGCCGAGACGUCGGAGGACGUGAGGGGCGGGGUGCAGAAGUUCCGGGUGAAGCUGCUGCCCGAGGGGGCCGGUAGCCCCAUGGAUGUGCUCUGCCAGGUUGGUUUGGAUGGGAUUCGGAUGCUUGAUCCCAACACUAGUAGGACACUGAGGAUAUAUCCCCUUGAAACUGUAACGAGAUGGGAUGUAUUAGAUUCUUCUGUAUUUGCCUUUUGGUCGAAGAGUUCAGUUGAUCUUGAAGCAAGAAGAAUAAGGCUGAAGUCAAGCAGCUAUACAACAAACACCAUUCUGGACACGGUGACAGCUGCCUCUGUUCAGUUCAAGGAGAUGGCAAGCAGCGUUUCGAGAAGUAAAGCAGCUGCUGAUCCUGCCAGCCCUUCUGAACAGCAAAAUGAAAAGAGGAGGAAUUUCCUUGAUUGGAGGAACUUAGUGAAGCCUGUGACUGAGGAGAAAGACCAUUGGGUCCCAGAUGAAGCGGUCAAUAAAUGCACGGCCUGUGCAGGAGAUUUCAGUGCCUUCAACCGCAGGCAUCAUUGUCGGAACUGCGGCGAUAUUUUCUGCGAUAAGUGCACCCAGGGAAGGACUCCUCUAACUUCAGAUGCAGAUUCUCAACCAGUCCGAGUUUGUGACAGAUGCAUGGCUGAAGUUUCUCGAAGACUGAGCAGUGCAAAGGAAGCGGCAAAUCGACCUGUUGUUCAGAGCCAUGAGGAUCUCGCCAAAAAACUUCAGGAAGCAAUGGAUAUAAACAAAAAAUCAUCUUCAGGCUCAAGAUCUUCUGACGGAUCUUCUGGCAAGCGAAUGCGGGAGGUCGCAUGCCCCAUCUGCACAGUACACCUCCAGGUACAGGUCCCAGCAUCUGGCUCAGAGACGAUAGAAUGCGGCGUGUGCCAGCACCCUUUCCUCGUCAGCUCUCGCUGAACAACCGUCAUGCAGAGCUCUUCCACUUUGAUCUCUGUCAAGAUCCUCGUGCUCAUCGAUGCUGUUGCUCCAGCCAGCCAUCAUCUUAGUGGCGACCUUUGGUCCGUGUCUGUAUACGAGCUAAUUUCAGUACAGUUAUUAUGUUGAGAAGCAAGGAUGAGAGAGAUGAAUAAGAGAUGUCGUUUACCCUGUAACUUUCACCUGCUAUUUUCUUCUUCCCUUUCCCUUCUGUUACUAUCAAAUAUAUAUGUGUAGCUUCAGGUUUCCUGA